GCGAUUAAGUUUUAGGUUGCUGAGAGAGACCUACUGACAAUGUCUAACGUCUGCAUCGUAAUGUCUUCAGGCAAGCUUAGCUCUGUAUCACAGCCGCACGGCACAAACAAGCGAGCUUUAAAUUCAGAUUAACUGAAAUGUUCGUGCGCACGCGUGGUAACCCAACGCGUCUGACAUUUAUGGCCCAAACGGCAUGCCAUAGGAAUUAGGUCAGAAUUACGGUCAUGAAUCCCUGCUGUCUAUCGCGGUAGGACGCGUCGUACUUUAAUUGCGGAUGACGGUCAAAUAGUCCGUUUUAUGACCCGGACUGCUUUCCACCCUUAGGGCUUUACCUGCCCACUGCUCUGCCGCCCCUUCUCGUUUGCGUCACUGAUUCGUUCUGCCUGUCGUUAUUCAGUAGUGGAAGAAGCCGGGAAUGGCUGGUGGAUCGACACGGCGAUUGGAGGGACAGGUUCAACCUUUUCACAGAAGGAAGGCGGAGUGAGCGUCUUGCCGGCGCCUGUCGAAUGGCAACUACGAACCGUUUCUCCAGCAAGAGAGAUGCCGACCCGAAGAGCGCCGGCUGCGGUGACUGCGGUUGCUGCUGGGCCCAUCAACGCGAUGCGCGCACUCGGGAGACGAGCACGCAGACUGACACGAGUGUACAAGGUCACAGUCCAAGACUUUCCAGAGUGAACCUGUUCACAUUGCUGAGUCUGUGGAUGGAGAUUUUUCCUACUGCAACGGAAGAUGAGGAGAGCAAAGGGACAAAGCCGUUUCGACAAACUGGUCUUGCUGUGGUGCAGAAUAUGAAAGUUACUGGGUUGCAUUGCUCCAGCUCGGAGCUCCAUGCUGGCCAAAUUGCAGUCAUCAAACACGGGUCUCUCUUAAAGGGCUGUGAUCUUUAUUUCUCCAGAAGGCCAUGUUCCACAUGUCUGAAGAUGGUGGUAAACGCUGGGAUAAACAGGAUUUCUUACUGGCCAGCAGAUCCUGAAAUCAGCCUUAUAGAGAGCGAGAUGCUCACUGGUGCUUCAAGUCUUGAUGCCAAACUGGAUGCCAAUGCUGCAGAAAGACUCCGCUCCAAUAGCCGCGCUCAUAUAGGUGUUCUGCUCCAACCAUUAGCUUGUAACAUGAACCAGUUUGUAGAAGAAACAUCAAAGAAGUGCGAAUUUCUACAAAAAAUGGCACUCUUGGAGCCUAAUUUUAAUCUGGAUGAGUUCUUUUUUGAGAACCGCAAGAAACAAUUGAAGGAUUACGAGAAAAUCUUCCUAAUUUCUGAUGAAGAAACACAUAAAUGUAUCUUGAUGAAAAUGGGUUUGGAAAAUUUUUGUGAGAACCCUUAUUUCUCAAACCUACGGCAACAAAUGAAGGACCUCAUACUGCUUUUGGCUACAGUUGAUGCCAGUGUUCCCAACUGUAGGGACUAUGGAUUUUACUGUGGAGAUUUCCAUUCGGAAGAGACGGCGCACUGCCACGGUUUACCUCAGGACAUCGCGCGGCACUGUGUGGUGCAAGCCAGACUUUUGGCAUAUCGAACUGAGGACCCAAAAACUGGUGUUGGCGCUGUGAUCUGGGCACAAAAAAAAUCUGGCAGCUGUGAUGGCACAGGCAACAUGUACUUGAUUGGCUGUGGAUAUAAUGCCUACCCAAUGGGCUCAGAAUAUGCUGAUUUUCCACAGAUGGACGAUAAGCAAAAAGACAGAGAAAUUCGGAAGUUCAGGUACAUCAUACAUGCAGAGCAGAACGCCCUGACAUUCAGGUGUAAGGAAAUCCAAGAUGAUGAGAAGACGAUGAUUUUCUUGACAAAGUGCCCUUGUGAUGAAUGCAUCCCCUUAAUUAAAGGGGCUGGGAUUAAGCAGAUCUAUACAGGUGACAUGGACUCUGGGAAAGUCAAAGCUGACAUCUCCUACCUGAAAUUCGACAGCCUGCGCAGUGUCUACAAAUUUAGGUGGCAGAAGAAUUCUCAGAUGUGUAAUCUCACCGAGCCGAGCUGCAGCACUUUACCCAAUGGUUUACUUGGGAAGCACUACAGAGAUGUGGAUGAGGAGCUGCAACUGAUCAAACGUUCCUGUGUGCAGUGAAUGAAGAAGGACCACCGACCUCUUUGAACGUUCAAACUGCCGUCUUCCAGUUGCUCACAAGGCAAAUCCUCCAUUGUGUUCUUAUGGUUGCAAAAAUCCCCCCCCCAUGUUUUUAGCUUGAAGCUCCUGCUGCCGUGGCUCUGACUCCAUGCUGGUCUCGUCUGGUGACUUACUGCGUGUCGUUUUCUGGCACGGGAGUCUCGCCUGUCACGUCCGAGGGAAGCUCUGCUUGUUUUUAAUGGAGAAUAAGAAAAGGGUGCAGCCAUCGUCGCUCCCAAAGCGUUCUAAUUAGAAAGCAUGACUGCCGUAUCCAACCGUCCCAUUUUCAGCCCAGUAGCACAGGAGUUUGUGUAGGGAAUCGACAUCAGAAAGUGGGCUUAGUUGCGUCGUUAGUUGUAUGAGACCUGAGGGGCAGCAAUGCCGUGGUGUGUCACAGUUUAUUUACAUGGCCCUCCAGCCCUCGGCUCAUGCAGUGAUGUUCGUAUUUUUAUUAUCUGAUAGCCCCCAUAUUCCAUAAUUGAUCAUUUCAGGCCAUGUCUGUCGGUGCUGGAGUGACGCUCUGGUAAAUCAUCGGUGACACACGGUAGUCUAGACUGGGGACCCCAACUUGGCACCAUUGUAUUUAUUCAAAAAGAAAAUACUGUAACAAUACUACUGAGAAAUCUGAAUGUUGUGGCUGUGCGCCACUUGACUUCCCCAGGCUGCUGCUCUCACUGAGCCAGGCUUUCGUCCUCCGAUCACACCCUCCAUUUUAAAGGCAGCAAAGUCGCUCAGUAAAGAA